AUGGCGAAGCGUGCGGCCGACGAUGAUAACCAGAUCGAAUCGCCUGCUCUGAAGUCCGGGGAGCGGCCAGUGACUGACGUCGCCCUUGGAGAAGGCGAGGAGUUUGAGGAUGAAUUCGAAGAUGAAUUCGAGAGCGAAGACGAGAUCCUGGAAGCUGGCGUCGACGGCCGACCCGACGAAGAGCGCGAGGCUGAGGAGAAGGCAAAUGGGUCAAUGGAUGUCGACCAACAGACUUUUAUCCCCAGUAGACAUCGACUAGAAGCAGGCCAAACCUUGGCCCCCGACCUGUCGACAUACCACUUGUUACACACCCUUGAACCCACCUGGCCUUGUCUGUCGCUGGACAUUGUAAAGGACAAUCUAGGCGACAAUCGGAAGUCCUACCCCGCAACGGUAUAUGCAGUCGCGGGGACACAAGCUGCUCGUGGUCGAGAGCGGGAGAACCAGCUCAUGGUCAUGAAGCUAUCCGGCCUUUCGCGCAACGAGAAGGCUGGCAACCUCGACUCGGAUUCUGACUCGGACGACGAUGACGAGAGCUCCGACCCCAUCCUCGAAACCAAAUCCAUCCCACUCACCUCCACUACCAACCGCAUCCGAGCACAUCAAUCCCCUCAGGCGUCAGCCUCAACGCCUCCAACGACCCUUGCGGCGACCAUGCAGGAAUCAGGGGACGUUCUCAUCCACGAUAUCACAUCCCACCUCCAAGCCUUCGACCGCCCCGGCUUUCAAAUACCUCCCAACGCUUCCAAACCACUCUGUACCAUCCGCGCUCACAAGAAACACGAAGGCUAUGCCCUGGAUUGGUCGCCAUUAGUGCCGGCGGGCAAACUCCUCACAGGCGACUCCAACGGCUCCAUCUUCGCCACCACCCGAACAGAAGGCGGCGGCUUCGUCACCGACACGAACGCGUAUACCGGCCACAGCGGCAGCGUCGAAGAACUGCAAUGGUCUCCCAACGAACGCAACGUCUUUGCCUCCGCCUCGUCCGACGGCACUGUCAAAAUCUGGGACGCGCGAUCCAAAUCUCGCAAGCACGCCGUCUCCGUCAAAGUCUCCUCUUCGGACGCAAACGUCCUCUCCUGGUCCCACCAAACCCCGCAUCUCCUCGCUUCCGGCCACGAUGACGGUACAUGGUCGGUUUGGGAUCUACGGCAGUGGAAGACGCCCGACACGGCGAGCAAGUCGCAGCCCGUGGCGCACUUCGAUUUCCACAAGGAGCAGAUCACGAGUCUGGAGUGGCAUCCGACCGACGAUUCGGUUAUCUCCGUUUGUGCCGGCGACAAUCAGCUUACACUUUGGGAUCUGGCUGUUGAGCUGGAUGACGAGGAAAGCAAGUACACGGCUGACGUGAAGGAUGUGCCGCCACAAUUGCUAUUUGUGCAUUACAUGGAGCAGGUGAAGGAGAGCCACUGGCAUCCGCAGAUCCCUGGGACAAUAAUGGCGACGGGAGGCAUGGGAUUCGGAGUGUUCAAGACGAUUAGUGUGUAG